UUUUCAUUUUUGAGUUUUUGCAGAUUUAAAACAUCUCAGGAGCUCCAAUCAUGUUCCAAUUCCCAUUUUUUACCACACUGAUCCUGCUGUCCCUCACGCCUCAGCUCAGGAUUCAGGCUUUUAACAUCAUUUCUGCAAGUUCCAACACCCACCAGAACAUCACCCUCACCGCCAUCCUGCAGAAAUCAGCAGAGGUGUGUCAGGUGGUGGUUCUGAAGCAGGGGAGAUUCUUCGUUCAGCCCAAGGUCCUGACUGCAGAGUCAGUGGCGCAAGCCUGCCUCUCUCCUGCCUCGGCCUCCUCUCUAAAGGAAGCCAUCAGCGAUAUAAAGAACAGAAACGCCUGGACGGACUUGAUACACUUUAAGGACCCGGAGUACCACUUUGAUAAUGAGGAAUUUGCUGCAGGACGUGGCGUCAUCACGCAGGGCCUGUCCGUGGUGAAGGCCAGUCUCAAACUGAAGAACUACGAAUCAGCAAGAGAGCAACUGGGUGAAAUCCUGCACACUCUACAGGAUUUCUACAGUCACAGUAACUGGAUUGAGCUGGGAAACAGAUCUCCAUACGCAAACCUCAUAAAUCCAAACCUGCCUCUGACAAACCUUGCAGAUAAGAACAUGCCAACAUGCAGCAGCUGCGAUGAUAACUGCACAAACAACAUCCUGGAUACAGUAACCAGCCAGAAGCUACUGAUCUCUGGAUAUGUCAGCGGAUUGAAACCUGCUGGGAAGUGCAGCCAUGGAGGACUUGUUGACUCGACGAGUUCUCAAGAGCCCAAAGGCGGCAUCAACAAGGACAAUUCCAAGUCCCCUCAUGGCUACCUCCACCUAGUGGCAGCAGACGUAGCUACAGCUGCCACCAGGGACCUGCUGGAGGACAUCAGGAAGUCAACAAAUGACACUGAAUUCCUCAGGCUGUUGGGAAUCUCGUCCACGUUCUCGGUGCUCUGUAUCGUGAUUGACACCUCAGUGAGCAUGGCUGAUGAAAUUGCUGAAGUGAAACGCGUUACCUCCUCCAUCAUCGACAGUAGGCGGGGCACUACGGACGAACCCUCACUCUACAUCCUGGUCCCGUUCAAUGACCCAGGUUUUGGACCCGUGACCAAAACAUCAGACGCUGAGAUAUUUAAAAGUAAAAUCAGCGCUCUUUCGGUUGGUGGAGGAGGAGAUGAUCCUGAAAUGAGUCUCUCUGCACUUUGGCUUGCUCUCGCAGCAACACCUGCAGCAUCCAACAUCUUCCUCUUCACUGAUGCAGAGCCAAAAGACGUGGAGAUGAAGAGCACAGUGCUGGCGCUGAUCGAGAGCACCAAGUCCACGGUGAAUGUUAUGCUGACCAAUCCUCUGACCAACACGAGCCGCAGCCUCUCCAACCCCAUCAACCAGCUGUACCAGGAUUUAGCGCUGGCCUCGGGAGGACAGGCCAUCGAGGUCUCCAAAGAACUGCUGCCCAACGCUACCAGCCUGAUUACCAACUCAACCAUCUUCGGCCUGGUGACCAUAUUUCAGGCGGUGAGGGACCCCGGGAGAUCAGAGGUCUUCUCUUUUUUGGUGGACUCAACUGUAGGAAACCUGACUUUCUACAUCACAGGAAACUCAACACAGUUCACCAUCACGGCUCCCUCUGGUCAGUCUCAGUCCAGUGUUCAGUCUGUCGGUUCUUUAGGGAUCAUCCAGUCUGUGUUUAACCUUCACACGGUCCUGAUCUCCACCUCCAGCCCAGCAGGACAGUGGAGCAUCAGCAUCACCUCAGCUCAGCCCUACACACUCAAAGUAUCUGGUAAAAGUCCAAUAAACUUUAAGUAUGAUUUUGUGGAGGUCAUCCAGAACCCUCAGCCGGGCUACGCUGUGUAUAAAAGCAGACCUCCUGCAGGAGGGAAUGUGACUCUGCUGGUGUCGUUGCUGGGCUCGGGGUCGGGUCUGAUCUCAGAACUGGUUCUGGUGGACUCGUCGGGCUCCGGGCUCUAUAAAGGCAGUCUGGAGGAUCAGGGCAGUGGAGAUUAUCUGGUGACGGUGGAAACAGCGCCGAAGGGAGAUUUCUACAUACGGAUCACCGGCCAGUUCAACUCCUCCACCAGCUCCAAAUUCCAGAGACAGUCCUCCACCCAAUACAGAGCCUCCAACAUCUCCAUCACUGCUGUGAGGAAUGGAUCGUGGUUUGCAGGGCAGAAUUUCAGCGUCCCGUUCACCGUGGUGGCGAACAGCAGCCUGAGGGAAUACGCCGUCACCGUCAGGAACAGCGGCCUGUACAACAUGACCUUCCCCACCUCCCUGACAGCAGGGGGCAACAGCACCGCUAACGGCACGGUGAUGCUCAGCGCCCCAGCUAACGCCACCGCCGGCACAGAGGUCAUCCUCACCAUCGAGGUGACUCAACUGGGCACCAACGACACCAACUACGCCUUCCUGAGACUUGCUGUGUCCGGGGCAGUGGCGCCCCCUGCUGGCCUGGAGCUCAGUCUGUGGAUCAGUGCGCUGACUCUGCUCAUCAGCCUCCUCAAUCAGUAGAUCAGUAGAGUUUUAAUAGCUGGAAAGUGACUUUAUUAGUGUCUUUAUUUUAGUUAAAAUAGAUUAAAUAGAUGAGUAGAAAUGCUCUAAAAGGAUUUGGAGUUGGAUUGCAUAAUUUUAAAACAACUCUACAAAACAAUGCACUGCAAACUUUGGUAAAUCCAAAGUUCUUUUAGCAUCUUUUACCAGAUUAGCAUUCUUUGAGCUUAUAACCUUACUGAACCUAGACCUGCAUACCAACUGCAGCAACCUCAGAUUAUCAUAGCUCCGCCCCCACAGGCUUGUACAGUAGCACUAGGGGCAUGAUGGGUAAUCACUUCUUAGUACAGCCGCCUCACUUUUGACCCUUUAUAAUCUCUAGUAAACUGAAGCUGUUUUUAUUGAUUAAUCUCACUGAUAAGAUCUUUUCUAAAAGAUACACAGCUUUAGUUUAGUCCCUUAAAUCCCUUCAGUUCCUUCACUGCAUUGUGUGCGAGUGGUAAAGCUCUUACCUUCACUAUUACACAACAUAUCCCUGAGGAGUUCUAGUGCUGAUAUUCUACCAUUUGUAUGAUUUCACCAAAUGUUUAAGUGAUCAUGUGCCGUUCAGUAUCAUUCAAGAUUUUUUUCCCGAUUACAUUCUUUCCCGGAAGAUGAUGUUUCUCCACUGUUUUUUCACUGUUUAAUAAUAAUAAAGCGUUGGACAGCUCUUAACCUGAUUUUAGCAGAUUCAGCUUACAUCUUCAUAGAGGUUUUCUCUGCUUUAUUAAUGCAUGAUGAUAAUUUGACUCUUUUUCUACAUUGAUUAACAGAUGAGAAGCUACUCCCUGCAUCAGUUCUGGUUACAUUUAAACCUUUUGCCAGAUUAACAUAUUAUUCACGCCUGCAGGAAUUUUUAUCCAAUGGGAGGCUCUUAUCUAUUUGCUUAGUUUAAUCCAGGUGGUGACCUUUAUUUUUCCAGGCUGUAUGUAGGGAUAGAUGGAUGGAUAGGUUUACAAAAUUUAUCUGAUUCAUAAACUGGAUGUAAGCAAUAUUUUUUGUUCAUUGUUUUCAACAAUACUCCACAAUAUACUAUGCAUUAAUGUUAGUUAAUAACCUACAAAAUUAUAACCUCACCUUAAAACAAAACAUAGUGAAGUCUAUUCCUCUCUAUUUUCAUUCUACAGAUGUUAUUCAUAUAGUAAAUGGAAUUUGCGUAUUGUAUUUGCUCAGUUGGUCUUGCUCUCUCUCUGGGUGGGUACAGUACAGUAGAUGGUGCUCUGUCUUUCCUCUCAUCACUCCUAGGGUGAUGUGGUUCAGCACAAGGCUGCGUCUGUGAGCUGAUGUAUCAGAACCGAGUCUCUGUGCUUUCCUCCGAGCGUUAGCGCUGUGAUGCUAUUUGCCAAUGCUACAGCAUCAGCAGCAGUUCAAAAAGAGGCGGAGUCUGACCUUACAUGUAUCGGAGGAGGCGUGUGCUAGUCUUCACCCUCCUGGUGUUGGGGGGGCAUCACUAGUGAUGGUGGAGGAGUCCUAAUGAGUGGGUUGGGUAAUUAGCCUUGUUAAUUUGGGAGAAAAUGGGAUAAAAAUUGUAAAUAAAUUUAAAAAAUACAUCCGACAGGCAGGAUAAUCCUUUUCUUUGCAUGUUUAUAAUUCUAUAAAUAAUACUCUAUAUAUAAUAAUGUUCUGUGGAAAUUCAUGUUUUGUCAUUCUGUGUGUUUGAAUGGGUGGAUGUUGUUCUAUAGAAAUUAUAAAUCAUAUUUGUGCAUCUGUAUUCUUCCUUUAAAUAAAAAAAAA